GAACAGCGCACCUUCUCUCACAGAACACAGUAGCAGCGUAUAAACACUGGCGCCUCGAUUUUUGAGCUAAGCUUUUAACUCUCCUCUCCCUCCCCACCCCUUUCUCUUUUUACCCACUAUCACCAUUCCCACCUUCCCCCUCAACCCACCUUGGGUUUUUUCCAGUAUAUAUUCUGGAAAAGAAGUCUUUCUCAGUGGAUUUCGUCUCUUCUCUCUUCUAAUUCUGCUAGCCUAGCCUACUUGUACUUAUAUAUAUGUGUGUAGAACUAGCAAGGAGAGAAUAGAGGAAAUUGUCAAUCUUUUUUGUUUCUUUGUAACUUCUACUAAAGCUUCAUCCUUUGCCAUCAAAUGUCAAAAGUGAAUAUUAACUCCGGGUUUCCAAAGUUGGCUCCUUCUCGAUAAAUUUCUCGAGCUCAACUGGUUUGGUAAUUCUUAGCGAGACAAAGAAGUAUUUUUUCUGUUUUUCAAGAAACUCCAGUGACGUCUAUGUGUGUGGGAGUUUGUAGUUAAACAGAGAGGAGGUAAAAAAAACGGUGAAACAUUUUAGCAUUUUGCGGUGGCAUGAGUGAUGUGUUUUCCCCCCUUGGUCACGAGUUGUUUACAGCUGCUUUUAUGAAGGGUGGUUUUAUCUUGUGAAAGAAAACAGUCAUUUUUGUCAUCAUAUGGAUGGAGAGAGACAAUUUGGUUGCAAUGCUUUACUUAAGCAGUUUUGGCUGUACCCUCAGUUGUAAGGUAAGCGUGAAGUGUGUUUUUGAGCCUUCUCAAUAAAAUAAAGACCCAAAGAGAAUCUUCUGGUUCAAUCAAGAUCUCCUCUUUAAUCUGUCUGAGGCUACAAGAAAGUAGAAAAGACAGAACCCAGAAAAAGAUAAGUUCUUGAGAGAGGGUUCAGAGAAUCUUGGUUUCUUUGUGUUCAACAAACAAAACCAGUUGCAGAGAAUAUCUUUCUGGUCUAACUCUUUGAAGAAAGGCUUGAAAAAAAAAAGAACAAACAAUGGCUUUGGUAGCAGCUCAACAGCAUCACAGGGAGAGUAGCAGUGGGAGCAUUGACAAACACAUUGAUUCCGGCAAGUAUGUCCGGUACACGGCGGAGCAGGUGGAGGCUCUCGAAAGGGUUUAUGCUGAAUGUCCGAAACCUAGUUCUCUCCGCCGGCAGCAGUUGAUCCGGGAAUGCCCCAUUCUGGCUAACAUUGAGCCUAGACAGAUCAAAGUCUGGUUUCAGAACCGCAGGUGUAGAGAAAAGCAAAGAAAAGAGGCUUCUGGCCUCCAGGCUGUGAACAGAAAGCUAAGUGCAAUGAACAAACUGUUGAUGGAAGAAAACGACCGGUUACAGAAACAAGUUUCACAGCUUGUUUGUGAGAAUGGCUUUAUGCGCCAACAAUUGCAUACUGUACCGACACCUACAGAUGCAAGUAGUGAAUCAGCAGUGACAACCUCCCAGCAUUCGCGAAAAGAUGCUACCAAUCCUGCAGGACUUCUCUCAAUUGCUGAAGAAACCUUGGCUGAGUUCCUCUCAAAGGCUAAAGGAACAGCUGUUGAUUGGGUGCAGAUGCCUGGGAUGAAGCCUGGUCCGGAUUCGGUUGGGAUCUUUGCCAUCUCACCUAGGUGCAGUGGAGUGGCAGCACGAGCAUGUGGUCUUGUUAGUUUAGAGCCUUCCAAGAUUGCUGAGAUCCUGAAGGAUCGUUCAUGUUGGUUUCGUGACUGUCGCAGUGUUGAAGUUUUUACUAUGAUUCCAGCUGGAAAUGGAGGGACAAUUGAGCUUCUAUACACUCAGAUAUAUGCUCCAACAACAUUGGCUGCAGCCCGUGACUUUUGGACUCUAAGAUACACAACCACCUUGGAGAAUGGUAGUCUUGUGAUUUGCGAAAGAUCGCUUUCGGGUACGGGGGCGGGCCCUAAUGCCACCUCAGCUUCUCAGUUUGUCAGAGCUGAAAUUCUUCCUUCUGGAUACCUUAUUUGCCCAUGUGAUGGUGGUGGAUCAAUUAUACACAUUGUUGACCACCUUAAUCUUGAGGCGUGGAGUGUGCCAGAAGUAUUACGCCCCCUUUAUGAAUCCUCAAAAGUUGUUGCACAGAAGAUGACUGUUGCAGCACUACGGUAUAUCAGGCAAAUCGCUCAAGAAACCAGUGGUGAGGUGGUAUACAGCCCGGGAAGGCAACCCGCUGUACUCCGAACAUUUAGCCAGAAAUUAAGCAGAGGCUUCAAUGAUGCUAUCAAUGGAUUCAAUGAUGAUGGUUGGACUGUAUUGAGCUGUGAUGUUUCUGAAGAUGUUACUAUUGCCAUUAAUUCAACAAAGACUGUGGGGUCUGCUUCGAUUACACAUCAAACGCUUGGUGGCAUUUUAUGUGCAAAGGCAUCUAUGCUACUCCAGAAUGUUCCUCCUGCUGUGCUUGUUCGUUUCUUGAGGGAACAUCGGUCGGAGUGGGCGGACUUCAACGUUGAUGCCUAUUUUGCUGCUGCUUUAAAAUCUAACUCUUAUUCAUAUCAAGGAGUCAGGCCUGCGAGGUUUACUGGAAAUCAGAUUAUCAUGCCACUUGGUCAAACUAUUGAACAUGAAGAGAUGCUCGAAGUGAUCAGGCUUGAAGGACAUCCCCUUGACAAUGAAGAUAUUUUUUUGUCAAGAGACAUGUCAAGAGACAUUCACCUUUUGCAGAUGUGCACUGGAAUUGAUGAGAAUGCAGUGGGUGCGUGCUCAGAACUUGUUUUUGCCCCAAUUGAUGAAAUGUUCCCUGAUGAUGCUAUCUUAAUACCUUCUGGCUUUCGCAUCAUUCCUUUGGAAUCAAAAUCAAAUGAUGUGCAGGACACACUGAUGGCGCAAAGGACACUGGAUUUAACUUCAAGUCUUGAAGUUGGCCUGCCAACAAGUCAUUCUUCUGUUAGCAAUGUCUCCCCUUCCUGUUACGCGCGUUCUGUCUUGACCAUUGCUUUCCAGUUCCCAUUUGAGAACAAUCUACAGAACAACAUUGCUAUUACAGCUAGACAAUAUGUUCGAAGUGUGAUCUCAUCCGUUCAAAGGGUUGCGAUGGCAAUAUCACCAACAGCGUCUGGUCCUUGUGUUGGUCCAAAGUUGUCCCCUAGCAGCUGUCCAGAUGCUCUUCCAUUGGCUCAGUGGAUCUGCCAGAGCUAUAGUUACCACACUGGAACAGAACUGUUUGGUUAUGGUUCUGUGGGUGGUGAAUCAGUGCUUAAAAAUCUCUGGAACCAUCAUGAUGCUAUUUUAUGCUGCUCUAUAAAGUCUGCGCCGGGCUUCAUCUUUGCUAACAAGGCUGGACUGGACAUGUUGGAGACGACAUUACUGGGGUUGCAAGAAAUUGCAUUGGAUAACAUUUUUGAUGAACGCGGGCGUAAAGUGUUCUUUACCGAGCUCUCAAAAAUCAUGCAGCAGGGAUAUGCAUACCUGCCUGGUGGAGUUUGCAUGUCAGCAAUGGGUCGCCAUGUGUCGUACGAACAGGCGAUUGCAUGGAAAGUGCUCUUGGCGGAUGAAAACACUGUCCACUGCUUGGCGUUCUCUUUUAUGAAUUGGUCUUUUGUAUAAGGGUGUCCCCGUCCCUUUUGAACGGGUCGGGCAUCGGGUUAUUAGAACAGUGAAUAUCAGCUUUGACUAGGAGGUUUUGUAAUGUCAAAUAGUAAUCCCAGACAAGGUCUUGUUAGGAGGAUGGUUGUUGUAUGCAUCAGGUAAUUUUUUUGUUCUUUCCAUUGUAAAUCCUGACAGUGGCCUUUGCAGUUGAAUGAGUUGAUGGUUUAGAGAGUUAAUUUAGCCA